AUGCCUCCCAAGUACAUGACUGGCAAGGGCCGCACCGUCCAAGAGCCCAGCUUCGCCUCCAGUACCAUCUCGGCUUUUACCAGCAAGGAGAACAGGAGCAUUGUCACCGCUGCUGGAAUGUUCGCUCUUGGUGUCGCUUUCCUACACAGCAGCUGGGCUGAGAUCCUCCUGCCUGCGUAA